AUGGCGGCACCAAGGGUACAACAUGAUGCUCUACGAAGCCAUGAGGCUGAAAAUGGGCUUAUACAUUAUUAUAGGUAUCGUAUUGAGGAUUGUGAGGCGCUUCUCCGCCAGAAGGAACAGACUCGGCGUAGGCUAGUUGCGCAAAGAAACGAACUAAAUGCAAAAGUGAGAGAAUUGAAGGAUGAACUUCAUGGUCUCCUGGAAUCUGGAAGCUUCGUGGGCGAAGUAGUUAAGCAAAUGUGCCAGGAUAAAGUGCUUGUCAAAAUUAGUCUCGAAGGAAAAUACGUCGUUGACGUCAGCAAGGACAUUGACAUUUCGAAGUGCACACCGAGCACACGCGUUGCUCUCAUGAGUGAUUCUUACAAAUUACACAAGAUACUACCGACCAAAGUUGACCCAUUGGUUGCGCUAAUGAAAGUAGAGAAGGUUCCAGAUUCUACCUACGAGAUGGUGGGAGGCUUAGAGCAGCAGGUGAAAGAAGUCAAAGAAGUAAUUGAACUCCCAAUAAAACACCCCGAAAUUUUCGAAUCGCUCGGAAUAUCGCAGCCCAAGGGGGUGCUACUAUACGGCCCGCCAGGAACUGGGAAGACGCUUUUAGCUAGGGCAGUAGCGCACCACACGGACUGCACGUUCAUAAGGGUUAGUGGAUCGGAACUCGUUCAGAAAUACAUUGGAGAGGGUAGUCGUAUGGUCAGAGAGCUUUUCGUUAUGGCUCGGGCACACGCUCCCUCCAUUAUUUUCAUGGAUGAGAUCGACUCCAUAGGAUCGCAAAGGACGGAUAGCGGUCAUGGCGACUCGGAGGUACAACGAACCAUGCUUGAAUUGCUUAAUCAAUUGGACGGUUUCGAGCCUUACCAAAAUAUCAAGGUCAUAAUGUGUACCAAUCGCAUUGAUAUAUUGGACGAGGCACUGCUCAGGCCCGGGAGGAUAGACCGCAAGAUAGAAUUCCCCAACCCGAAUGCCGAGGCACGGGCUCAGAUCCUUGCCAUACACAGCAGGCGUAUGAAUCUGGUGAGGGGCAUUGACUUAGAAAUGAUCGCCCGGGAAAUGGUAAAUGUCAGUGGAGCUGAAGUUAAGGCCGUUUGUACUGAGGCAGGCAUGUUCGCACUUAGGGAACGUAGGGUACACGUGACACAGGAAGAUUUUCUUAUGGCAGUUGCAAAAGUCAUGAAAAAAGAUGCUGACAAAAAUAUCAGCUUCACAAAACUGUGGAAGUAA